AUAUUUUCUUAACAUGAGGUAAAAAUUUACCUAAAGGAUUCAGGGCAAGAAAUAGAAAUGUUAGAGUUGAAUUCAGUUCCCCUGAACAAUCUUAAUUCUCGUGAUCGGAAAGAGCGGCGGGUGAGACUGACAAGUAACUGGGAAACAUUUGAGUUCAGUUCCCCUGAGCAAUCUUCAUAACAUAACAAAUAGUAACGUCCUUUUCAGCGCAGCAUUAUUUAAGGCCACAAAUCCACGGGGGACCGAAGCAUGGAUUGCCGAGUGCUGAGGACGGGCUGAUAAUAACUAACGAAAGAUCCCUGAAGUUCCAACCGCUACAUUUUUCUAUUGUUCAAUCGUUUUCACAUGUAGCCAGGGAAUGUAUAUGUAGGUGAAACAUGCCAUCUUUGGCGACAAAAGCGGUUAAUUAUAAUUACCAGCAGCGACAUGAACAAGAUUAUGGGAUGCCUAGAGUCUUGGAGAAAAAGGAAAAGGAUGUUCAUCUUAUCAGGAAAUUGCAUGACACUAUCAUCUUCUUCUUGAAUCAGUCCGUGUAAGUUUCCCCUGGUUUUCCAAUACAGAAGCUGAAAUUGAAUAAACGAAGUCAUCCCUCCAAGUUGCUUCAUAUUCAAAUAAAGCCAUCGGCGACUAAUCACAGCCUUCCUCCAUUCUCUGUCACGGUCAAUGACCCAGCCUCACCGUCGCAGUCAGCACACCUAAACCAACAAUCACGCUCCGAGUAUGUAACUAAACCAGUCUGACCAAUAAAAUAAAAAAUUGCGGGUGGCAAUAUUUGGACAACAUUUAAGCUAACAGCCUCCAAUCUGGCACUCCGUGCCUCGUUCAAUUUUGAACCCUGGUUUUCCAGGAGAGACGAGCUCUCUACUUACCAAGCAGUGGUCAGCAAUCACGAUGGACAGACUGGUGAAGGCAGAGGAGAAGGAAGUAGAGGUGAUCUUCAAGAAAGGCCAAAGGUGCAGCGCAUCGUUCAAACUCACCAACCUUAUGCACACCAUGCCCGUGGCUGUGUCUCUCACCACCACAAACCCUUCUUUGUUCUCCUUAAAUCGGCCCUUCUCUAUAAUCCCUCCGCUGUCUACGUCUUCAUACAUCCUCUUCCUCUGUCAGCCGUCCGAUCAACCUCCUCUCUCUACCCCUACCGACGUCGUCACUGUCCGAACCGCCAUGCUUCCCACCGGUAAGGCCCAUCAGAACGAUCUUCUCCGCUUGUUUUCCAAACCGGGACCCCACGUUUUCAGAGACGCCGUUUUACCUGUAUCCUUCGUGGGUGCCCACGUCGCCGAAUUUCUGAUUUCUCAACAUACCCAAAUUCGCCAAAGCGGCUCCCUUUUCAAGAUAGCGAUAUCUGGGUGCGCUCAGUCAGAGCUCACGGCGUUGCUUAGACCCGCUGUUGAAUGUGGAAACGAAGAUGCUGUUUCCGCUCUGAUUGAUGCCGGAGGAGACGUGAAUUUGAGGGACUCAAAUGGACCAUCCCUCAUAAAUUUAUCUGUUAGGGCUGGGAAAAUGGACGUUCUAAAGAUUUUACUGGCCUCUUGUUGUAGUAUAGAUCACUCGGUCGAUUCAAGUUUGCACGAAGCUGUGGCGAUGAACCGGGUGGAUUUGUUGGAGAUUUUAUCUGAAUCUUUCGGUAAGAUGGACAUAAACUUGGUAAAUUCCGAAGGGAGAACUCCGAUUCACGUGGCGGCGCUUCAUGGGCAUGUGGAGGCGAUUCAAUUUUGCCUCUCAAUUGGAGGGAACCCGAACGUGGUCGAUUGUAACGGAUGGACUCCGCUUCACUGUGCUGCUUCGGGAGGUCAUUUUAAGGCUGUGGAGUGUCUGUUGGAAUGCUGUAACGUGAAAUACGCAGUGAAUAAAGAAGGGAAGACGGCGUUUUCGCUUGCAGUGGACAAUGGGCACUCGCACUUGCUGGAUCUGCUGCACUGGGGGGACGCGUUGCUCCGAGCAGCCAGACUCGACGAUGUUCAUGGACUGACGAGCUGUCUUGCAAAUGGAGCGAAUGUAAAUAGGAAGGAUCAGAAUGGGUGGACUCCGCUGCACUGGGCUGCCUUCAAAGGUCGAAUCAAGAGUGUGAAGGUAUUGCUUGAACAUGGAGCUGAAAUUGAUGCCGUGGAUGAUGCCGGCUAUACUCCGCUUCAUUGUGCGGCGGAGGCAGGGCACUUGCAGCUUGCCCUGUUCUUCAUUUCUCGUGGCUCUCGGGUAAAUCUCAAGAGCUUCGAAGGUGCUGUUGUUCUUAAUUCGGAGUCUUUCGAUAGACAAAUGACUCUUGACAUAUCUUCUUAAAUGGCCGAUAUAUCUUUCCCAUUCUUCCUCGCGCUUUGUACAUAGUAAUGCAAAGUUUAGUUAUAGUUGGAAAUUGGAGAUAGUUAUUAAUGAUCAAUGAAACAGACAUACAAUGCCCAUGUUCUUCUAAACGUGGUUCGAUAGGAAUUUUGGGUAUGUUUGAUUGGA